AAAAGCUUCAGGGACGAGGGCGGACUCACGGGAACAGUUUCCGGGUUUCCCUUGCUGGGGUGGGACAGCGGCGAGAGGCAAAAAAAACCUCCUGUUGAUUAACAAUAUUUCAGAGUUACGCUGAGGCUCGUCAGACGUCCAGAAAACGGUAACGAUGUCUCAGUCUGGAGAAAAAGGGAAGUUCCCAGAUGCAGCAGGUUAUGUAGGGUUCGCCAACCUCCCAAACCAAGUGCACCGAAAAUCAGUGAAAAAGGGGUUUGAAUUUACCCUAAUGGUUGUAGGCGAGUCUGGUUUGGGCAAAUCGACACUUAUAAACAGUCUGUUUCUCACUGAUCUCUACCCUGAACGCUACAUCCCUGGUGCCGCAGAGAAGAUUGAGAGGACGGUGCAGAUUGAGGCAUCAACUGUGGAGAUCGAGGAGAGAGGGGUGAAGCUUCGCCUCACUGUGGUCGACACCCCUGGAUACGGCGAUGCCAUCAACAGCCAGGACUGCUUCAAGACCAUCAUCCAGUACAUUGACAAUCAGUUUGAACGAUACCUCCACGAUGAGAGCGGGCUGAACCGAAGACACAUAGUGGACAACAGGGUGCACUGCUGCUUCUACUUCAUAUCUCCAUUUGGACAUGGUCUAAAGCCUCUGGAUGUGGAGUUUAUGAAGGCCAUCCACAGCAAAGUCAACAUAGUCCCUGUCAUUGCCAAGGCUGACACGCUGACACUGAGGGAGAGGGAUCGCCUGAAGAGAAGGAUCCUGGACGAGAUUGCAGAGCAUGGGAUCAAAAUCUAUCAGCUACCUGAUGCCGAUUCUGACGAGGAUGAGGAGUUCAAGGAGCAGACCAGAGUCCUGAAGGCGAGCAUUCCCUUUGCUGUGAUUGGCUCCAAUCAGCUCAUUGAGGUGAAGGGGAAGAAGAUCCGUGGUCGUCUUUACCCCUGGGGAGUUGUUGAAGUGGAGAACCCGGAGCACAAUGACUUCCUCAAACUACGCACCAUGCUUGUGACCCACAUGCAAGACCUCCAGGAGGUAACUCAGGAUCUGCAUUACGAGAACUUCCGCUCAGAGAGGCUGAAGAGAGCGGGCAGGGCUGUGGAUGAGGAUGUGGUGGAUAAGGACCAGAUCCUGCUACAGAAAGAGGCUGAGCUGAGACGCAUGCAGGAGAUGAUCGCUCAGAUGCAGGCACAGAUGAAGAUGAAAUCCGACGAGUAACGGUGUCGAAGGAGAAAAGCCACCAGGAGGUCCAGGAUCACAUCAUCUUCAUCUACACACCAUCACGUCUUCUUUGUCUUCCCUCCAAACAUCCAUCCAUCAGCUGUUGAGGAGCUCACCACUAUUUUCUUUUUCGUUUCCUCUUCUUCUUCAUCUUGUCAAGACUCCGUUUUGUUCAUUGUAGUUUGUAGUAGUGAGAAUGGACAUUUUUGUUUAAUGUAUGAGCACAAAAACAGUUGAAUACUUGAUAAUUAUCAAGUAGCCAUUAUUUAGUCUUUGAUCUUAAUUAUGGUCCACAGAGCUGCCAGUGACAACGGUACUAAGAGGUUUUGCCAUCACACCAACAUGUUUACAAGAAUAUAUGCACGUAUUGUGCACUGCUUUCCGUUUAUUUUGUUUUCAAGACUGUUCUGAGCAUAUUUUAACUUAAAGGUUAAAAAACUUAAAAGUUUGCAUGUGUUUUGUUGUCUUAUGAGUAAUUCAGAAACCCAUCUCCUUUACCUCUGGAUGGUUUCAGACCUUCAGUGCUGGUUUUCCUUAGUCUGAUAAUGCAAUAAUUUGAAAUAUUACCACAGUGAAAGGUACUGUAGGUGUGGUUAUGAACGAGGUAAACUGUCCAUGUCAAGAACGAAGAAUGCUCUUGUGUCUGGGUUUCCAGGCAAAAUAUUUGCCUUUAACUGUGUUAAAUUGAAAACUUUUUUUUUUUUUUCCAGAGAUCCAAACUUAAUUUUAGACGUUUGUUUGGCUUUUAAGCUGGAAAUCUACUAAAUGGAACUAGUCAAACUAAUAUCACUCCAUUAUAAAGACAAACAGGAUCAUGUAUUAGUAGCAUAAAAAUGCCAUGUUGUUAAUAUUUUUGUAUUUAUCAUUAAGAGCUGCAUGAUCUUAAUAUCUGUGCCAAACUACAACUACGGACUGAAAAAAACAAUUCAGUCCAGUAACUUAAUAUGUGUCUGUAUUUGCUUCAGUGAUCUCAUUUGAUGUGUAAAUGCCCUGUUUGUACACUACAUGUGCAGUCUUUCAUCAUACUGUACUGGAUUUGGGCUUUAAAAAUCAAGUACUAUAAUAUUUAACUGUUAUAUAUGUAAACUCCCUGCAGCCUCCUGUGAGCAGCAAACUAAACAUCAGAAUUGUUCCUCAGCUGUGCCUUCGAGCUGUGCUGUCAUUGAUGUGCCAAUGGCAUUAUUUUGUUUUUCUGUCUUUUGCUCUCAUUUGCAUAUUUGUGUGUUGAACUUAUUCAGACAAAAAUAAUUAUUAUUUCUUAACCAAGUGUCAGUAAAGAUUUGUUUUAAGGUGUCAGCUUUUUUUUUGUAUUUCUCUCUGAAAUAAAAUUUGUUUAGA